UUUGAUGUCAACAUUUUUUUGCACAAUAAAUAAAUAUUUGAUAAAUAAUGGAGGACUUAUUGCAACCCCAAAUACGAGAGAGCUGUAGGCUCGCCCUACCUGAGGGACUGAAGGAUUUGAUGGCUGAUAUUUCUCGAGAAGUACUACGCGCUCAACCUGAAAACCUCUACCAAUUCAUCGCCGACUACCUUUCCUCACUGCUAGUUGCGCGUGAGCACCUGUUCAUUGCGGCGCGCGUAUGCGACGACGUCUGCACGAACACUUACUGCGCGGACUUGGGAGACGAACUGCGCGCGUUGUCGCUGAGUGAAGAAGACGUUCAGAAGAGUUUGGAAAUUAUCUCAGGGUACUUUUCAAGUGGUGAAGUGAAAGAGGGCAACUUGCUACAGAACUUGGUGCGAGAAACCGGCAUAGAUCCAAAGGCUCUUCCCGCCCUCCAGGAUGCGGUGCGGCGUGCUUUUCUGCGCCACCAACUGAACAAAUCCACUCAAGUCGAGUCAUCGUCGACAGACAGCGAGAUGGAUGAGACAUCACGUGCGGCAAAACACACGCUUAAAAUAUACAAGAAAGUCACGGAAAGCCCAGACAUCAACUACGAUUGCGUCGCUUCCAAAAUACAGGCAGCAUAUCGCGCGUACAACGUUCGUCGUUUACGUAAAGCUGGCAACAAGCCUCACACCAAAAAGAAGGAGGAUACGAAGGAAGAGACAGGCGAGAAAGUUCGAUUUCAAGUCAAGGGUGGUACAGCAGCACGUGAGUCGGAGCAGCUUAUGGCAGAUUUGGUUCAUCCAACAAAGAGAUGUGCAAGCAAAUGCUCAUCCAUGUCCCUGGCUGGUUCGUUCCUCUCACUCCCCCUGUACAAGCCGUACUCCAUCGGGCAGCCCUCGGACAUCAAGGAGGUCGACGAGGUCUGCGAGAAAGAGACGGAAAACGCCAAUUUCGAUUACCUCACGAACGCCCUUGGCAAUCCAAAUAAGAUCCAGUCGUGUGAACCCGAAAAAAACAACGACAAAAAGGAACUCGAAAGCAACAAAUCCAAAAAAGAACUUGAAAAUAACAAAGGGAAAAAGACAAUCAGUUUCCACAAUUUGGCUCGCGUGGUGGAGCUUGAUUAUAAUGAAGUAUCAGAUGAAGCGGACGAAGCAGAUUACGACUCUGAAGAUGCUGAAGAUGUGUUUAACGAACAACUUGCCGAUGAAGAUUAUGUUGAUGACAUAUGUCAAGAGUUACCGAAUGAUAACGAUAAUGGUUCAACACUUGAGAACACAGCUGUUAGUGAACUAAAGGGAGAUGAAACGGAGUCAAGCGAGAGCUGGAUCGAAGAUGACGUAGACGAAGCUCAACUGGAUGAGAUGGACAAAAAUCCCGAAAAUUGGGAUGAUUAUGAUGAUAUUGCACCGACAACAGAAGAUAAUUUUAGAAGAGUUAAUGAUGAUUCAGACGAUCCCGCAAAAAGUGCUGAGAUGCCAAAAGACAUGACAGGAGUUACUGAUACUCUUCCAGAUGAUGUUGCAGUAGAAUUCGCCGUAGAAGAAAAUGAGAACUUCCUAGUCUAGAAUACCUAGUAUUUUAAUUUAAUCUAAUCAAAAAACACAAUAUAAAAGCUACGAUUAUAUGAUUCAAAGUUUAUGUUAUGUCACUGUGCCUUAACGUAUGUGAACGUGUGAGGUAAGAAAAGUAAAAAUGUUAUGUUAUCCUUUAUACUUUUAUUAUUUACGUUCUUUAUAAGACAGCUGUUACAACUAAUGAAGGACAGUUUAAUCAAUGAUAUUUUUUAUGUUUUUGGUCA